AUUAUCUUGUCUCCUUUCUGUUUUUAGGAGCUCCGAGGCAAUGACUGGGGCAGGAAAUAUUACAGAGAUCACUCAUUUCAUCCUGCUGGGAUUCUCAGAUUUCCCCAGAAUCAUAGAAGUUCUCUUUGCCACAUUUCUGGUGAUCUACAUUAUGACUCUAACAUGGAACCUGAGCCUCCUUGUUUUAAUAAGGAUGGAUUCCCACCUCCAUACACCCAUGUAUUUCUUCCUCAGUAACUUGUCCUUCAUAGAUAUCUGCUAUGUCAGUUCCACAGUCCCCAAGAUGCUCUUCAACUUCUUCCAGGAGCAGCAGACUAUCACCUUUGUGGGUUGCAUUGUGCAGUAUUUUGUCUUUUCAACGAUGGGACUGAGCGAGUCUGGUCUCAUGACGGUCAUGGCUUAUGACCGCUAUGCUGCCAUCUGCAACCCCCUGCUCUAUUCAUCAAUCAUGUCACCUGGGCUCUGUGUUCGGAUGGUGCUGGGAGCCUACAUGGCUGGACUCACUGCUUCUUUAUCCCUACUGUGUGCUUUAUUUCAUCUCCACUUCUGUGGGCCUAAUGUCAUCAAUCACUUCCUCUGUGACAUGCCCCAACUGUUAAUCCUGUCCUGCACCGACACUUAUUUUAUACAGGUUUUGAUUGCUAUAUUGACAGUGAUCUUUGGGAUAGUAAAUGUCCUGGUUAUCCUGAUAUCCUAUGGCUAUAUUAUUAUCUCCAUCAUGAAGAUCACUUCGGCUAAGGGACAGUCCAAGGCCUUCAACACCUGCGCUUCCCACCUGACAGCUGUGUCCCUCUUCUAUACUUCAAGUAUCUUUGUAUAUUUGAGUUCCAGCUCUGGUGCUUCCUCCAGCUUUGACAGAUUUGCAUCUGUCUUCUACACCGUGGUGAUUCCCAUGCUGAAUCCCUUGAUUUAUAGUCUGAGGAACAAGGAAAUCAAAGAUGCUCUGAAGAGGUUGCAGAAGAAAAGGUCCUGCUAAGGUCACAGAUUCUGAGAUUUCUGAUAGAUCUGGCCAAUCAGAAUCACC